AUGGAUCUACUCAGCAGCUACAAUGUGGAUGACGAUGAGGGUGACGUCGAAGUGAACAAAGAAAUAACGAGCCUUCCAACAAAAUCAUUAGCUCUACAGAUGGCACCAGAUGUUAUGACGAAGAGCUCAAUACUAACAAUACCGAUCGCUGACGUGACAAAAAAAGAACUCAGCUACAAUCCGAAGUUUGAAGAACUUUUUCAACCCGAGGCUGGUCCGUCUAAUCCGUUUAAGUCCGACCGGCAAAGUGCCAAGAAAAAUACGCUAGCAGGAUUUGUUGAACCGGCCCAUAUAAACGAUUUUCAUUUUGAGCGAGAAAUUCGCUCUUUCAACACGCUUGGAUACGCUCGUAAUCCUUCAGCAAAUGCUGGUGGCCAUGAGUUUCUCGGAGAAAAAGCUACUGAAGGCGCUAAAACCGAUGGUGCCUCUUUGUUUGACGGGUCAAAGACUGGGGGCGAGAAACGGAAGCGAGUGUAUAAUUUUGACCCAACUGAUCUCGAGGGAUAUACAGGUCCUUGGGCAAGAUAUGAGAAUCAGGUAACCGUCUCUAAACCCGAUGAAGCACUACAAAAGGAAAUGGACGAAAUUGUCAAGAAAAGACAAAAGAACAGUCGCAAAGGACAGCGCCAAGCUUUGGAAGAACAAGGAAAUGUGGAGGAAACGACAACCUUGCAUCUGAAAGAAGCCAUCGAUUAUCAAGGAAGAUCAUUCCUUCAUGUGCCUACAUUCACCGGUGUCAAUCUUAAAGAGGACUUUGUUCCCGAUCGAUGCUUUAUUCCUAAGAAACAGAUGCACACCUAUAAAGGACACAACAAAGGAAUAAACACACUCAAAUGGUUUCCGAAAAGCGCUCAUCUGUUUUUAUCGUGUUCAAUGGAUACAAAGAUUAAACUAUGGGAAGUUUAUGGGAAACAUCAAGUGGUGCGAACAUACAGUGGACACAGGAUGCCCGUUCGAGAUGUUGCUUUCGAUUACGAUGGAUCCUCUUUUGUUUCUGGAUCAUUUGACAGAUACAUUAAGUUGUGGGAUACGGAGACGGGACAGGUUAAACACAGAUUCACGACUGGACAUCCGCCUGUUUGUUUGAGAUUUCAUCCGGAUGAGGACAAGCGCCAUAUGUUGAUGGGUGGAAUGCAGAAUAAGAAAAUUGUACAAUGGGAUAUUCGAUCAGGAGAAGUUGUACAAGAAUAUGAUCGUCAUCUUGGCCCUAUCAAUUCCAUCACGUUCUUCGACAAAAAUCGGCGUUUUGUUUCUACAUCCGAUGAUAAAUCUCUGCGUAUCUGGGAGUGGGAAAUCCCGGUCGACACAAAGUUGAUUCAAAAUGUUGGAUUGCAAUCGAUUCCAUGCAUGACAAAGAGCCCUACUGACAAGUGGAUUGUUGGACAGUCGAUGGACAACAGAAUCGUGCUCUUCCAACUGAUUGAUGACAAGCUGCGAUUCGCCAAAAAGAAAGCCUUCCGUGGCCACAAUUCAGCCGGCUAUGCUUGCUCGAUUGAUUUUUCACCAGAUAUGAGCUUCCUUGCAAGUGGAGAUGCAGACGGAAAAAUCUUCAUCUGGGACUGGCGCACGCAUAAAAUUGUUGGAAGAUGGAAGGCUCACGCUCAAACAUGUAUCAGUGUUUUAUGGCAUCCACACGAGAAGAGCAAGAUGAUAUCGGCGAGCUGGGACGGUGAUAUUAAGAUGUGGGCG